AAGGUAAAAGCCCUCUAUAUCAUUGCACGAUAUGUCCCCUUUUUCCUCAUCGCCGCGGACCUAAGCUUGACCCUGGCCCCGAACGAGAACCCCUAUGUAUCAAUGCCGAUUGUUAAUCAGUGUUUACUCAGGUUUCGCAGUGAUAUCACUCACUUGCUCUGAAUGCUUUUUUGUGCUCAGAACAUAUGCGCUCUGGGGCAGCGGUAGGGUCGUGCUCGUAGCCAUGCUGUCCACCCUUUUUGCUACCAUCAUAUCAUUCAUCGGUAUUUGGUUUACCGCUAUUGCCACUUCUCAAUAUAUUACGACUAGCGCAAUUCCGGGCACCACAGGCAUCACAGGCUGCUACCGGACCUCGAGUAGUGUCCAAUUGUACCUGCCGUUUAUUCUCUUAUUUGUGUUUCAACUGGGAUUGGUCUCCCUAACACUGACACGUGCCACACAGAGCUGGCGGUCGACCAGGUGCUCUAUUCAUACCGUCCUGGUAAAACAUAAUAUAUUCUACUACGCAUGCGGUCUGCUUCUUUCGGCCGUGAAUAUCCUUGUGCCGAUGCUAUUUUCCGAUGUGUGUAAACCUCUCGAUACCCUUCAAUACGAUUAAAUCACUGAUGUUCCGUACAUUUAGUCUCCAUAUCACUCCUUCCUCGAAGAGUAUGCCACCCCAACUUCCAUUGCAGAUUCCUACUGACAAUACCCCCAAUCACGUAUAUGCAGUUUGGAGGUCUUUAUCCUUGCGAUUCUCGCCACGCGCAUGCACCUCCAUCUUUGGCAUACCAACCGGCACGUGCAUGACUCCGACACCCCCGCGUGGAUUUCUUUAUCCGACUUGCCAUCCGCAGACCAUAUGGCGUUCUGAGUUUUGGACUACGAGAUGGCUGAUCGGCUGCUUGGUCGGGUUUGGGACACGCUUAACUUAAAAGAAUGCAUUUUUGUCUUGAGUGUCAGAUGCUAUUCGGAUAUGGACGUGUGAGUAACUUCAAGUAAUUCAAU